AUGUUGAGCGACCCAAGUCUCGACAACUUGAUCUGGUGGAGCACCAACAACCCCGAGCAAAACACAUUCUCACUAUAUCCAGGUAAAGAGUUUGCCAACUGUCUAACUCGAUAUUUCAAGCAUGGAAACGUUGCAAGUUUUGUACGGCAAUUGCACAUGUAUGGUUUCCACAAAGUUACCGAUCCCAACUUUAACGGCAACAACAACAACAACAACAUUAACAACGAUCUUAGUAAUCAUAAUAAUAAUAUCAAUAAUAGUGGCUUGGCAGGUACAACAGAUGCAUAUGGUAAUCUGAUACAGAGCAUCCCAGGCUCCGACCCCAAUUCAGUUGAAAAAGAAGUACCACCAAUAUGGGAGUUUAAACAUCUGAGUGGGAAAUUCAAAAAAGGUGAUGAAAACUCAUUGAUAUAUAUCAAGAGAAGAUCAAGCUCAAACCACGACACAAGAAACCACCAUCACCACCACCAUCAUCAUAGUUAUACUGGUGACACAUCAUACCAAGUGCGAAGCAAUUCACUCCCGCAAACUGGACAUGACCCUUACUACAUGCAUCAUCAAUAUGCCCAACAACUACAUCAACAACAAUCAUAUGCCGGCGGCUUUUACGGAUACGACCCAGUAACUCAACAACCCAUAUUCUACCAGCAAGUGCCGACAAGUCAACACCAACAACCACAACAACCACUACAGCCACAACAGCCACAAUACUAUUAUUCACCUGCGCCUCCUCCACAUUUAAGUCAUGGACCACCACAGGCAGUGGAAAUUGCAAGACCGCCAUUUAACCGUCCACUUCUGGUACCCAGUGACAUACCAACUUACCAGCAACAACAUCUACAACAACAACAACAGCAGGAACAACAUUUACAACAGCAGCAGCAGCAACAUCUACAGCAGCAGCAGCAACAACAACAACAGCAGCAGCAGCAGCAGCAACAACAGCAACAACAGCAACAACAGCAACAACAACAGCAGCAGCUACAACAACAACCACCUCCACUCCGCUCAUAUGGAUCGUAUCCACCAGUAGAAGGCCCAAAACACCAAUAUGGAUCUUCUUCUUAUCAUGACGGAAGAAAUAACUCAGAACCGCAAGCAAUGACAUACUCUUAUCUGCAACAGUCACAACCAAGCCAAACACUGCAACCAACUUAUACGCAUAGGCUUUCGGCCAUACCACCUCAUGUACAGAGAGAGUCUCCAAUAGAUCCAGUUCAGCGGAAAUCACCUUCCUCGUCUACCAGCAAUGACCCAGUUCGAAGACGAUCUCCCUUGAGCCAAUCAGGAUUACAUUUCAGGAAAGUUUGGGACCAGGAUGCCGCUUCAAGACAGAGAAACCCAUCUCUAUUUUAUGACCCUUUAGCACCUGCACCACCGGCUUCAGUGACAGAGCAAAAACCCACACCACCACCACCAUCGCAAUUCAAUGAACAACAACAACAGCAGCAGCAACAACAACAACAGCAUUAUGAUGGUAGUCAGAGACUAUCAGCCAGAAUGAGUGCCGUUGACCCCAAAUCUUCAUUUAGUGUGCCAUCAGGAGCAUCGUUGUCUUUGUCUCUCUCGCGUUUUUCAAGCCUGAGACCAAGCAUUGCCACAAUGAAAAUGUCUCAGUCGUCGCAAUCAUCACAAGCAACGCUCCUAGCUUCUCCGCCAAAUUCAUCGAGAAAAAAUUCAUCUGCAACCCCUCUCUUGGCUCCAAUCCCACAACGGCGGAGCAGCACUGCUAAUGCUGUUGAACAUACAAAUAACCAUACUCCAGUCAACGGAAUCACCAACCCUCAAACUCAUGGUCAAGCACAAGCGUCCACUUUAGCAUCAUCAUCAUCAACAACAAGAACAACAACAACAACAACAGGAGAAGCUCGCCAUGCAACAACACUACCACCAUUGCAAACGUUGCCAGAAACAACGGCAGCUACUGCUGCUGCUGCUACGACAGCAACAACAACGACGUGUUCAAGAACACCAUCAGCUUCAUCAACUUCCCCAUCAAAUCCAUUCAAAAAAUCUUCGAUUAGUUCAUUCCAUGAGAAAUUGCGCCCCUCAGUUUUUGAAGUGCAUUCAGCAGGUAAAUUUACUCAACCAUCGCGUCAUCACAGUAAUGGAACAGAUAGUAUGAUCAACUCCAUUGCAGGAUCUGUGGCAUCACAAUCAUCGUCAACAUCAAUUUUUUCCAAUGGAUCCUCGAUCUCCUCAGUGCACCUGUUUCCAUACAGGACAUCUUCGUUUGGCUCCAUAGCAUAUAAUAGCAGCAAGAGUUCGAUCUCAAUAGCACCACAUGAACAAACUAUGAUUGGCAAUCCAUACUCUCAAUCGUCAACAUCCACGUCGUCUAAUACAACAAACACUACUGCUAUAUCCUUUGACGAUCAAAGAACAAAUACACCACAAUCACCUUUGCAUACUGGACCUACUUCUCUGCAGCAAUCUUAUUUCAAGCUGGCUUAUUCCGGAUCAUUUUCGCUGUACACUCUUCCACCACUGUUACAGCGUUCUAAUAGUGCCAUGAUGAAACAAUCGCCAAGACCUCCUACUCCCAAUCAAAAUAAGCCAAAAUCGCCAUUAUCAAAUGCACCAAGCAACACUAUUGAUGCUACAAUCAGUACGGGUAAUAUCAAUAAUAGUGGUAAUACUAUGACCAGCACAACCAAACCAAACAAAAAGAUCUCUGUUACCUCGAUGCUAGAUGAUUCAGACAACUAUAAAACAAAAGAUAAAGGUGGAGGAGAGACUAUGGCCGACGUAUCAUCUGAGCUGAAAAUAGAGACAGAUAUGGGGAAAGUUUCCCCGCACUUGAACAGCUCAAAUAAUGCACACGACAAGAGCAAGACACCAUUGUAUUUGUCUUCGCUGAUUCGGGAAGAGAGAAGUUCACAAUCUAGUGAUGAAGAUAGUAAGAGGAGAAGAGUUGUAUAA